AUGUCUCACCAGGCCACCGAGUCCCUCUACGACGAGAUCUUUCUCGAUUACGAGAACAAUUAUCAUAAUAAUGCGGGACUGAGGGCGUUCGUCAGGGAGGCAGCAUCCAAGCUACCUCCUCAUGCACAGGUACUAGACGUAGGCUGCGGCACCGGCCGUCCCAUAGCUGAAACUCUCUGCGCGGCCGAGCUCGACGUGACUGGCAUCGACCUGUCCACUGAGAUGGUCGAGCUGUGUCGGAAACGCUUCCCAACCGGUACAUUUAUAAAAGCGGACAUGACCAAAUACCAGCCGGAACCGCAGCAAAAGUUCGACGCAAUAUUUGCCGUUCUCUCUUUGUUCCAUGUCUCUCACCGAGAAUGCUACUCCAUGCUGUUCAAGUUCUCGGAGUGGCUGCGUAAAGACGGUUUCCUAUUCAUCACUACCAUCUAUAGCCAAGACCUGGUAGAGAGAGGUGCUCGGCCUGAUAGCUCCGGCAUCAUCGACCUUGCUGAUGUCCAAUUUAUGUCUCGAAAUGUGCCCCUGACGGCCCUGUCUGGUGAGAAAUGGUCAAAUUACCUGACGGCUGCUGGGUUCGUCGACAUGCAGGCGACGAGAUACGACUUUCAGCCUGCGGACCCAACCCUCAAAGUUGCGCAUCAUCAUUUCAUCACAGUGAAGAAGGGAGACAGCCAUCCGUUAAUGGGACCGUAUCCUUACCCCGAUAAAGUCCGUGGACCAUACUCGAUAAACAAGGCGGCCUACAAAUCUUUUCUUGGGAAGCUAAACGAUGCGGAGUCAAAGGCUCUGGCUGAUGUCUUGAAAAAGAACACUAACGUUCUUAAAAUCGAUCCAACCACCAGCAACGAAUCGUUUCUCUUUGGGCCCAAAGAAAAGCUCAGCUAUCCCGAUAACCACUUCGACUGUGUAGUCGUAGCCUGGGCCCUGGACGGGUUAGACAACCUCGAAGAACCGCUCCGAGAAAUAGCCCGUGUGACCAACUCGGCCUCCCCGAAUGCCAAAAUAGUAAUCAUCCAGGCGGCUCCAGACAACGACUUGCUCAAACAAGUCAAUGUUGUCUGCCCAGGGGUCGCUGAAAAGGCUAACAACAAAGCCCCGAUGCACCACGGACUCAUCCUUCAUCGCGCCGCAGAGGCUCUUAAAACGAACGGAUUCGCCAAUAUAGAGCUUACCCGGAUAGCUGAUAGCGCGUGUCGUUUCGCUGAGAGGGAUCUGGCAGCGCGCAGCCAAAGUGCAGCCAACCUGUUUGCUAAGAUGUACUAUGCUGAUGAAGAGGAUGUGCAGAGCAUGCAGGCCGUACUCGCGCCCGGGAUGGACUCUAUCUUGAAAGAAACGCCAAACGACAUUGGAACUCAGGCUGUGAUGCUGGUGGCUACGCCGAGUAGGGCUGCAUAG